AUGCUCGCUUUUACCUUGCUUGCCGGUGUCGCCUUCCUCGCCCGAGACGUUCUGGGCGAGGGCGUGCAUCUGCUUAACUGCCGCUCGUUUGGUGAAGCAUCCUCCGACCACACGUUUCUCUCCAUCGUUGCGUACUGCGCAGAUGAUGCCAACUGUAGCAGCGUCGGUUACAACAUCCCAGCCAACGACGCAUGUGUGGUCUCAAGCUCAACGGCAUAUGAGGACUGGCAUCAGUGGGAAGGCGGCAGCCAGAGCUGCACCUUUGCCUCCACUGGUGUGACGUUCACCUGGGACAUUCCUUCCAAUGCCCAGUCGUUGCCGAAUUAUUCUUCUGUCCGCACUGGCUCCAAUGGGUUCAAGACGUUCGGUGGAUAUAAGGACGACAGCUUGAACGGGGCAAACUACAACUACCAUAGCUGCAUCAAGAAGUACUACUACGUGUAG